AUGGAUCAAAAUAUUAAAGUGAUUCUACUUGACAUAGAAGGAACUACAACUCCAAUAACAUUUGUGACACAACAACUUUUUCCGUAUGCUGCAACAAAUGUUGAAAAGUUUCUUCAUGAUACAUGGGAUUGCAGUGAAACGAAGCAAGUCAUACAACAAUUACGUCGGCAAGCGUUGGUAGAUGGUGAAGAGUUCGGAGGAAAAGUGCCGAUAAUUAAAUCAGUAAAUGGAAUAGUUUCUAAAACUGACGUGUUAAAAUCUGCCGUGGAGAAUGUGUUGUGGCAAAUGUCGUUAAACCGUAAAACAACAGCUUUAAAGGAAUUACAAGGCAUGGUUUGGAAAAAGGGUUAUGAGUCCGGAGGUAUUAUAGGAAUUGUGUAUGAUGACGUUAAGCCUGCGCUUCAGCGGUUAAGAAUGUUAAAAAAGAGGAUUUAUAUUUAUUCAUCUGGUAGUGUUAACGCUCAAAAGCUUCUUUUUACAUACACUAAAUUUGGAGACCUGUUGGAAUAUUUUGACGGACAUUUUGACUCAAACUUUGGUGGAAAAAAUGAUGCAGCAAGUUACAGAAAGAUAGCAGAAGCUAUUAAUUGUAAACCAGAAGAAAUCCUGUUUUUAACAGAUAUUGAAUAUGAGGCAGAUGCCGCAAUAUCUGCCGGCUUACAUGUUCAUAGUAAACUUAAAUUUUCAUUUGAAUAA